AUGAGCUCUGAGGCGCUCUACCAGCCUCGGCAAGGCACUGCUGCCCUCCACGACGAGCCGCACCCAGACGCACCCGCCGCAAAGCGCAUCCGCCUCGACCUCACCUCGAACGACUCGUCCUCGCUCGACAUCUCUCCCGCACCAGCACGAGGCGGCCAGCACGACUCGCCAGCACCACCACAGCCGCACACUCUCCCCUCCACGAGCGCGCCACCCGCCAAGGCCGCACCCUCACCUCCUCCUCCUCCUCGUCGACCCGACUACGCCCACCGCUUCACUCUCGAGGGCCACAAGAAGUCCAUCUCGUCCGUCAAGUUCAGCCCAGACGGCAAAUGGCUCGUCACAGCCGCCGCCGAGCCGUCGAUCCACCUGCACUCGCUGCCCUCGUUCAGCCUGCACCGCACCUUUUCGUCCCACACGGCCGGCAUCUCGGACGUCGCCUUCUCGGCCGACUCGACCCUGCUCGCCUCGGCGUCCGACGACCGCACCGUGCGCGUGUGGGAGGCCAAGGCCUACGAGGCGGCGAGGGUCCUCCAGGGCCACUUGACGGCCGUCUUCUGCGUCGCGUGGAGCCCGAGGGGCGACUUGGUCGCGAGCGGCGGCGUCGACGAGACGGUGCGCGUGUGGGACGUCCAGAAGGGCCGGUGCAUGCGCGUCCUCCCCGCGCACUCGGAGCCCGUCAGCGCGGUCCAGUUCAGCCGCGACGGCACCAUGCUCGUCUCGUGCUCGUGGGACGGCUACAUCCGCAUCUGGGACACGUCGACGGGCCAGUGCCUCAAGACGCUCGCGCACGAGGACAACACGCCCGUCGCGAGCGUGCGCUUCUCGCCAAACUCCAAGUUCCUGUUGACGGCCACGCUCGACUCGGCCGUGCGCCUGUGGGACUACCAGAACGACAAGGUCGUCAAGUCGUACGAGGGGCACCAGAACCGCAAGUACUGCGUCCCGCCGAUCCUGACGCCCGACGGGCACCACCUCGUGUGCGGCUCCGAGGACCACAAGGUCGUCGUGUGGGACGUCCAGACGCGCGAGGUCGUCGCGGCGUGGGUGGCGCACAAGGACGUAGUCAUGGCGGUCGCGCACCACCCGACGCUCGACAUCCUCGCGACCGGCGCCCUCGAGAAGGUGCGUCCCGGCACCUCCCUCUUCCUCCUCCUCCCUCUCCCUCUCUCUCCCUCUCUCGCCCAAGCCUGA